AAAGCGCGCGCCAAGCUCGGUCUGCGACUCAGUUCAAGUACUGGCCAUCGAUGCGGCAUCAGCGUCUCAUUAUAUAAACAUGUCACAAGAAGCGACAAGUGAUGUAUCCGCAUCGCAAGCGUACAAAGUGCUGCAGAAUGAUCAGGUUGGCAGAUACAUGGUCACGAGCAGAGAAUUACAGGCUGGUGAAGAAAUCGUUACAGAAAUGCCUUUUGUUAUCGGGCCGAAAGCAUGCACUUAUCCCUUGUGCCUCUCCUGCUAUACACCUUGGCCACCUGAACCGGAUGACAAACCGCUAUGUUCCAAGUGCGGAUGGCCCGUCUGCGGCCAAGAAUGUGAGAAUGCUCCGCAACAUAAAGAUUACGAGUGUCAGGUGUUUGCACAAGCCAACGAGAAAUUUAACGUAGACGCCGCGUUGAACGGAAACAACGAAAAUGGCGUUCCGCAAUUAGAAUGCAUAACACCAUUGAGACUAUUGUUGGAGUCGGAGAGAAACGUCGAGAGAUGGAACAAAGAGGUGAAAGAUAUGGAGACGCAUAAUAAGAUAAGGUCUCAAAAGGUGCAAUGGAAAUCAGAUCACAUCAAUAUCGUGGAUUAUUUGAGAAAACGGCUCAAACUCGACAGAUUUUCAGAGGAAUAUAUACAAACAAUAUGCGGUAUCUUGGAAAUUAAUACGUUUGAAGUACGAACAGCGAAAGGGUUCAGCGCACGUGGUCUCUAUCCGACAGUCGCUCUGAUGAAUCACUCGUGUGUCUCGAACACGUCUCACAGCAUCUCGCCAGUUGAUUACAGGAUACGGCUGCGUACCACGCUUAAGAUACCCGCGGGCGGUGAACUUUAUGCGAGUUACACACACUCGUUACUUCCGACGAUGCUACGAAGGGAGCAUCUGCUCGAGGGCAAGCACUUUGAGUGCGCGUGCCCGCGAUGCUCGGAUCCUACGGAGCUGGGCACCCAUAUGUCCUCGCUGAAAUGUAACAAAUGCGAUAAUGGAAUUGUCUUACCGUUGGAUUCAUUAGAUUCAGAAAGUACAUGGAAGUGUACGCACUGUGAAUUUUCCACCAGCGGUCGCGCAGUGCGCAAAAUUUUCCAGAUUAUUCAAGCGGAAGUAGACGCCGCUGAAUCUAUCAGUGGAGCCGACGGAGCCGAUGCGAUUCACGAAAGGGAAAUCGUUAUUAAAAAAUAUCGAUCGGUUUUACAUCCUCGUCAUGCCUUUCUUUCGAUGUUAAGGCACUCAUUAACUCAAAUGUACGGUCGGGUCGACGAGUACUUAUUGGACGAUUUACCGGAUGUUGUAUUGGAGCAUAAAGUCGACAUGUGUCGUUUAUUGCUUCAAGUAUUGGACGUUGUGGAGCCUGGAUACAGUCGUGUAAGAGGCAUGACGUUGUACGAGUUACACGCACCGUUAUUAUUUUUGGCGAAAGGUCAGUGGAAUGCCGGUGUCAUUGACGAGGCCGGACUGAAAUCUAAAAUGACAGAAGCUGCGAAUAUCCUAAAAGAGGCGGCUACAAUAUUAACCUUGGAGUCAACGGAAACAUCCGAAGGACAAAUAGGACUUGUUGCAAAAGACUCUCUAGUACAACUGGAACAAUCUAUAAAUGAUUUAUAAAUAUCUGUAAAAUCUCGUUAUACAAACAUAUUAUAUAUUAUAUUAAUAAAUACAGUAUUUCUCGA